GACUACAAAGGGGCGAGGCUGGUAAUGAAAAUAAAAAGAAGAUCUACCAGACAACACUACUAAACGUGUGUUUUUUAGGUUUUUAGAGGGAUUUUGCUUUCAGAAGAAAAACUGCUUAAUCGACUAAAGAUCCAGCAAUAUAAACUACAUACAAGGAUGGUUUUCCUGACCGUCGCGAGGUACGCAAAGUCUCUUCAGCUGCUCAAGGCAAAGAGACCGCUUUUGUUUGAAAGGGAAAACUUUAAAGCUCUUCCGGUCGCCUAUCAAAAAUUCUACAAAGAAUGGAAGAGCACCGAGCCAUCACCAGUUUACUACAAACCGGAGGAGGGUCGCUACCGCUACAACCCGGAUUCAGGAAAUGCUGACCGCAUCAUAAACAUACCUAUUCCACUUACGUGGGCGCCGGAAAUGGACAACAUGCUAAUGGGUGGCGAGGCCAUCAUCAAAGGAUUCACGCAGAAGAAGGAAAAGAGGCGAAAGGUUCCCAAAUGGUGGGUACCACCACUGCAUAAAACUGUUGUCUACUGUGAAAUCCUGAACCAAUACAUGCCUGUGAUUGCCACUAAGAGGCUGAUUGAACUUGUUCACUAUCAUCAAGGCUUUGACAACUAUAUUUUAAAAAGCCCUGCAUGUGAUUUACGAUCAUUACUUGCGGUUAAAAUCAAGAGGAAAAUCCUGAUAUCUCUGGCCAAGAAGGACUUGUGGCCUGAUAAUGCUGAGAAGAGAGAUGAACUUCUUACCAAAUAUAAAGAAUACAUUGUGCCGCUUGAACAGGCAGAGUGGUACGGGUUGACGCUGAAGGAGGCGAUGGUUAAGAACCAUUUAUUAAAGUAUGUAGAGCCAGUGCCUUUGAAGCACCAGUACAGAAAGGAGCUGAUUGAGUAUUUGAAGGAGAGACAGGAAAAUCCUCAAUUGGAUGAAAGCUCUGAAGACACCUCAUGGCUGAAGCAGUUAAAGUCAAAAGUUACAUUCAGCAAGUAAUGUGGUUUUGUCAACGAAUAAAAAUAGCUUCUGAAGAA